AUGUCGGAAGAUAACAGUGCAGAUAACUUCAUCAAGGAGGCAUCCAUCUUAGAGGAAUACAACAUAAACUGGACACAGAAACUAGGGGCUGGCAUCAGUGGACCUGUCAGAGUAUGUGUGAAGAAGUCAAAUCAGGAACGGUUGGCUCUGAAGAUUCUCAUUGAUCGCCCCAAGGCCAGAAAUGAGGUGCGACUCCACAUGAUGUGCGCCAAUAACCCAAACAUAGUGCAAAUCUUGGAGGUGUACGCCAACAGUGUCCAGUUCCCACACGAGUCCAGCCCAAGGGCCAGGCUUUUAAUUGUCAUGGAGAUGAUGGAAGGUGGCGAACUGUUCCAUAGAAUCAGUCAGCACAGGCACUUUACUGAAAAGAUGGCCAGCGAGGUCACAAAGCAGAUCAGUCAAGCCUUGGAACACUGUCACUCCUUAAAUAUUGCACAUCGGGACCUGAAGCCAGAGAAUCUACUCUUCAAGGAUAAUUCUCUGGAUGCUCCCGUGAAGCUGUGUGACUUUGGCUUCGCUAAAAUAGAUCAGGGGGACUUAAUGACACCCCAGUUCACUCCUUACUAUGUAGCACCUCAGGUACUUGAGGCUCAAAGAAGACACCAAAAGGAGAAAUCUGGAAUCAUACCUACCUCACCCACUCCUUACACCUACAACAAGAGCUGCGACUUGUGGUCUCUGGGUGUCAUCAUUUACGUGAUGCUGUGCGGGUACCCUCCAUUCUACUCUAAGCAUCACAGUCGGACCAUUCCAAAAGACAUGAGGAAGAAGAUCAUGAUGGGCAGCUUUGACUUCCCCGAAGACGAGUGGAGUCAGAUCUCGGAGAUGGCCAAGGACAUCGUGCGCAAGCUGCUGAAGGUGAAACCAGAGGAGAGGCUGACCAUUGAGGGAGUCUUGUCUCACCCGUGGCUUAACUGCACGGAGGCACUGGACAAUGUGCUGCCCUCCGCCCAGAUGAUGAUGGAUAAGGCGGUGGUGGCAGGCAUCCAGCAGGCUCAUGCAGAGCAGUUGGCCAACAUGAGGAUUCAGGAUCUGAACAUCAGCCUGAAGCCACUCAACUCUGUCAACAACCCAAUCCUCAGGAAGAGAAAACUACUUGGCCCCAAGCCCAGUGAUGGUUUCUUCAUUCACGACCCGGAGAACGGCGGCGAGGACUCCAACGUAGCGCUGGAGAAACUACGAGAUGUCAUUGCACAAUGUAUUCUUCCACAGGCCGGCGAAAACGAGGACGAGAAGCUGAACGUGGUGAUGUAUGAAGCCUGGCGAUUCAACAGGGACUGUAAGCUGCUGCGGGACGGCCUGCAGGGCCUCAGCUGGGAUGGUCGAGCGUUCUCUGAUAAGGUGGACCGCUUGAAAUUGGCCGAAAUUGUGAAACAGGCCAUUGAAGAAAGGACAAAUCUGGAAGAGUCUCACUAG